AUGGUUGCAGACUCGGUAACCCUAGCCCAAGCCCUUGAGCGGACAGGGCCGGCGAACGCUUCGGCCAUGGCCCGCGCGGUGGAGAGGCAAUCAAACCUUACCAAGCCCCCGGGCAGUCUGGGCCGUCUGGAGGAAAUUUCCAUCAAGCUGGCGGGCAUAUUUGGAACGGAACGGCCUGCUAUCGGUGGUAAGGCCGUUAUCAUAGCCGCAGGCGACCACGGCGUAGUAGCGCAGGGUGUUACCGGAUAUCCGCAGGAAGUCACCGCGCAGAUGGUUAUGAACUUCCUCGCAGGUGGAGCGGCCAUCAGUGUGAUGUCCCGACACCUGGGGAUAAGGCAGGUCAUCGUGGAUGCAGGAGUGGCAGCGGACUUGCCCGAACACCCCGAUUUACGCAGCCUGAAGAUUGAUAGAGGGACCAGCGACAUCAGUCAGGGUCCUGCCAUGUCGCGUCAGCAGGCGGAGCAGUGCCUCGAGGCGGGCAUCAACUUGGUCGUUGAGGUGAUCGAAUCGGGCGUGGACCUUGUGGCCACGGGUGACAUGGGAAUUGGGAACACAACUGCGUCAAGCGCCAUCACGGCGGCGGUUACGGGACUGGACCCUGAACAGACCACGGGUGAGGGCACCGGCCGUAACCCCCAGGAAUUGCAGCACAAGAUCGGUGUUGUUCGCACUUCCUUGCGUCCCGUGGUGGUCGACGGCUUCAUUUCCGGGGCUGCCGCGUUGGUCGCUGGAGCAGUCUGCCCCGAGGCGCGCGAUUACAUGAUUGGGUCCCACGUCUCGGCGGAACUCGGGCACCGAGUGGCCCUGGCGGAGUUAGGAUUGAGUCCGAUCCUGGACAUGGGCAUGCGUUUAGGGGAAGGGACCGGAGCCGCACUCGCCAUGCCUAUUGUGGAAGUUGCAGCCGCGACGCUGUCCGAGAUGGCAACCUUCGCCGAGGCGGGUGUCUCCGACAGGGAUCCCGAGGAUGAACCGGCUGCGUGA